AGCAUCAGCAGCAGCAGCAGUUUGGCGGUCCCGCUGGUGCCCGUCUGGGCAGAGCAAGGCAAGGCAAGCAGUGGUAGUGUAGUUGGGAGAAGGCUCGGGGGUCGAGACAGUGGUAGUGCAGCCGGAGUUGCAGUUAGUCAUGGAAAUGGGAGAGGGGCGGCCGGGGUAUUGGCAACCAUGGGGCAGCAGCAGCGGGGCAUGGGAGGUCGGUUGGAUCUACGUGUCAGCCGGUAA